AUGUCAGCUGCUGAAUCGAAACCUAACGUACCCACUUCCGCCCCUCAUCCAUGGCCUGUACCUUCGGAGUGGCCGGCUGCUAAAGUCAGGCAGACCUUCAUCGACUACUUCGUCAAGCAGCCAGGUUUCGAACAUACUUUUUGGCCUUCAAGUGGUGUAAUUCCUUUUGAUGAUGAUACCCUUCUUUUCGCCAACGCUGGUAUGAACCAAUAUAAACCUCUCUUCCUCGGUACUGCCGAUCCCAAAUCCGAUCUUUCCAAACUCAUCAGAGCUGUCAACAGUCAGAAAUGUAUCAGAGCGGGCGGUAAACACAACGAUCUUGAUGAUGUUGGAAAGGACACCUACCACCACACCUUCUUUGAAAUGCUGGGUAACUGGUCAUUUGGCAACUACUUCAAGAUUGGUGCUUUGACCAUGGCUUGGGAUCUCUUGACUCGAGUGUAUGGUCUACCCAAAGAUCGAUUAUACGUCACCUACUUUGAAGGUGAUGCUAAGCAAGGAUUAGAACCGGAUACUGAGGCUCAACAACUAUGGAGAGAUCUUGGUGUAGCUGAAAGCCAUAUUUUGCCCGGUAACGCCAAGGACAACUUCUGGGAAAUGGGUGCAACUGGACCAUGUGGACCAUGCAGUGAAAUCCACUUUGACCGAAUCGGUGGUCGAGAAGUACCAGAACUCGUCAAUGCUGAUGACCCAAAUGUCCUCGAGAUAUGGAACAACGUUUUCAUCCAAUACAACCGAGAAACGUCUGGUGAAUUACGUUCACUUCCCGCCAAGCACGUCGACACCGGUAUGGGUUUCGAACGAUUAGUAUCAGUCCUCCAUAACGUCUCGUCAAACUAUGACACCGAUGUCUUCACCCCCAUCUUCGCCAAAAUCCAAGAACUCACGGGUGCUAGACCAUAUCAAGGAAAACUUGGUGACGAAGAUACCGAUGGUGUCGAUACCGCGUAUCGAGUCAUCGCUGAUCAUAUUAGAACUUUGACUAUCGCCAUUUCUGAUGGUGGUAUACCAGACAAAGAUGGGCGAGGAUAUGUGCUUCGACGGAUCUUGAGAAGAGGUGUUAGAUAUGCUAGUAACAAAUUGAACGUAAAGAUCGGCAGUUUCUUCUCAUCCCUUGUUCCAGUCACCGUCGAGACACUGAAACCCAUUUUCCCCGAGGUCACCAAGAAAAUACCUGAGCUUGUGGAAAUUCUCAACGAAGAAGAAGCUUCAUUCGCUCGAACUCUCACUAGAGGAGAGGCCUUGUUCAACAAAUAUGCCAGUGCCGCAUUGGAGGAGAAGAGGGAUGUGCUCGGUGGAAAAGAUAUUUGGAGAUUAUAUGACACAUAUGGGUUCCCAGUUGAUUUGACUCAAAUCAUGGCUGAAGAGAGAGGAUUGAAGAUUGAUCAGGAAGCUUUCGAGAAAGCUAGAUUAGAGUCUCUUGAAGCUUCAAAAGCUGGUGGAAAAGAUAAAGGCGUUGCUGGUACUGUCAAGUUAGACGUACAUGAUUUGGGUGCUUUGGAAGCAAAUGAUCAAGUUCCAAAAACUGAUGAUUCGUCCAAAUAUCAACUCGACGACAUCAAGGCUACUGUCAAAUCCAUCUACCAUUCCUCAAAAUUCUACUCAUCCACUUCCGAACUUCCUCCCAACGCCCCUUUCGGUGUAUUACUUGAUAAAACAAACUUCUAUGCUGAAUCUGGUGGUCAAGAAUAUGAUACUGGUGUAAUUGCCAUUGACGGGAAAGCGGAGUUCAAAGUCGAAGAUGUCCAAGUGUACAACGGAUAUGUAUUGCACAUCGGUCAAAUGGAAGAAGGUGAGAUCAAGGUAGGAGACGAGGUCAUCUGUACAUACGAUGAGCUCCGACGAUGGCCAAUCAGAAAUAAUCACACCGGAACCCACAUUCUCAAUUUCGCUCUUCGAGAGACACUUGGUGAACACAUCGAUCAGAAAGGUUCCCUCGUCGCCCCCUCCAAACUCCGAUUCGAUUUCUCUCAUGGUAAAUCCAUCACUGUUCCAGAGCUUGUCAAGAUCGAAGCCAUCUCCAACGAAUGGAUCAAAAAAGCCGCAACAGUUUACGCCAAAGAAAUGCCUCUUGCUGAGGCAUUUAAGAUUCCCGGUCUUCGAGCUGUUUUUGGUGAAGCUUAUCCUGACCCUGUACGAGUUGUCUCUCUCGGUUACCCGCUGGAGGAAAUUGCUCAAAAUAUCGAGAGCACCAAAUGGCGAGGAACGAGUAUCGAGUUCUGCGGUGGUACUCAUGUCGCCAAGACAGACGACAUCAAGGACUUUGUUAUCACCGAAGAAUCUUCCAUCGCAAAAGGUAUCAGACGUAUAGUCGCCGUCACAGGGCAUGAAGCUCAUGAAGUGUCACGAAAAGCUGCUGAAUUCGAAAGAAGAUUAAACAAGAUCGGAGAAUUGCAAGGAAAAGAGAAGGAAAUCGCUAUGAAACCGUUCCCAGUUGAGCUUGGUCAAAGUGGUAUCUCUCUCAUCAAAAAAGCAUCUCUCAAGUCAAGCUUCGACAAAAUGCAAUCCGAAUUGGUCGCUGCUGCCAAAGCUAAGACUACUGCUGACUCAAAAGUCAUCCAAGAUACCGUCAAGGCACAUUUCGAGGAGAACCCUAAUGAAAAUGUAUAUGUUGGGGAAUUCGAAGUCGCUGGCGGUAAUGCCAAAACACUGGCCGCCGCUGUGGCCACUGCCAAAUCACUCUCAAAAGCCAUUUACGUGUUCUCCACAGAUACAGAAACUGGUAAAAUCGCACAUACCAACUUCCUCCCCAAGGAAGUGUUGGAUAGAAAAGUUAUCGACGCAAAGACUUGGUUGGGUGAAGUCAGUAAAGUACUUGGAGGAAAGGGCGGUGGUCGAGACGACUCUGCUACAGGUGUGGGAAGUGAAGUCGACAAGGUCACUGAAGCUAUCGCGGCUGCCAAGAGCUACUACAAGUCUAAAGUCGAGGCUUAG